AUGUCUCUACUACCGCGCACCACACCAAAAUUAACACAUCAAUCUCGAAAUAGUAAUCGCAGAGCACCAUCACCAUCACAAACAAAACCUAAUGUGGACCCGAUACUACACCAGGGUCACAAAACAACACCCGAGAAGAAACAAAUCUGGUACAAGAGAAAGAUAUUAUCAUCAGACAUUGAUGAGACGGAUGACACGGAGUAUGGCCAAUCUGCUGACGACAAUGGCGACGCAUCUGAUUCAAUUGAAAAGACACCAUCACCAAGGAAACCAAUUCAAAAUUUCUUUGAUUUUGUAUCUACUCCAAUUAAUCCUGACUCAACUGUGUCCUUUCUAUCUCCAAUGCGGAUGUUAAAUGACUUGCAUUUGAAAUCACAAGUUUUUGAUGAUGAUGAAACCGGUAACGAUGUCAUCAUUGAAGCUUCCCAUGGCAUUGAAGAGACGAUACAUGAACAAGUUGGUGAAGAAGAUGACGUCAAUGAUGAAAACUCCAUCGGAAACAAGACAAUGAUUAAUAACUCGGAUGAAUCGGAGGAUGAUUUCCCCAUUUCGCCUCCAAAAUUCAUCAAUAGGAAGAAAAGAAUGCAUCUGGAUGCUAUAGGAUCGAGAAUAGUCACUCCCAUUAUGCAACAGGAUUCACAUAUGUCCAUAUGUAACACGACGAAUACAUCCCAUAAUUCAUCUUUAAAAUUCAGUUUUUCCACAAACGAUUCGACUCCAUGUCCACCACAACCAAAAAGAAAGAAACUCAAGUUUAAACAUGCGUCCACAGAAAAUAUACUAGAUCUAAACUAUGCACGUAAGACAUCUGUACAAGAGCUACCGCAAAGACCCGAACGACCCGAACGACCCCUACAAGCAUUUGAUGAUGAUGAUGAUGAUGCUGAUGAUGGCAAGAAUAACUCAAACUCUUUUGAUAAACACAAUGAUUUAGAAUCAACCCCAAUUUCUCAAUCUACGCCAACAUCACUGAGAGCGUCAACACCACCACUACCUCCACCACCUCCUACUGCUCCUACUCAAGAAUAUGGUCCUACCAUCAAUGGUUUUAAGUUUGUACGCCCCAGGCCAAACUCCUCACAGUUUAAGUAUGAAACUCCCAUAAAUGGAAAUAGAUAUGCUCAAAUGCGUAACUCAUACAACAGACAAAAUUACAGCGUGGUUGGAGAGUUGCCAGUUACGUCAGCAGGUAUGAUGGAUGAAGAAGGAGUUCAUGUUGGUGAUAAACGAAUUAAUGAUCCUUACCUUACACCACAAACAGCACCGCCCACAACGACAUUAAAUGAAAGAUUGAGAUUUGAAUAUCACAAUAAAAUGAAACUACCAUUACUUCCUCCCCAUUUUGAUCAAGAUGAUCUUUCAACUGAGCAAAUUUUGCACCUUAUAACACAAGAUUCUUUGAAAAAGUUUUAUAAUUUGAUUGCUGAGGGAUCGAUGCUGGAUUUGUUGAGACAAGAACGUAUCAAAUGGCAUCCUGAUAAAUGGGUUGGUAAAUUGAAACAAUACCCUGAUGGUAAUAUAACUAUAUCGGUUAUUGACCGAUUAAGUCAAACAAUCAACGCUUUGAUUGACAAUUACAAUUAG